AAAGUUUUGGAUUUUUUUUUUCCACAUUUUUUUACUGUUAACUUUGCAAAUUUUCCAUGUUAUUGGUGUAUAUCGCCAUAAUUCCCCUUCUAAGCAGUGGACACUGGUCACCUACCCUACACCGAUACACAGUGCCUCGUCUUGCCUCAAUGAAUCUCGAGCGAACAACCAACUCCUGUGCGGCCUUGUUACUGUGGGCCGCCCAAAGUGACUUGAAGAUUUCAAUUCAUCGUCAAGCUUCAAAGACAGAACAAUCAAUAAGAAGAUCAGCUCAAUUUGAUCGGAAAUUAUUUCGAGGCUGCCAAUCCACCACUUGAUUUUGCGUCACCCAAAAUAAUCUCACGCGGAUAGUGCCUCAUGACCCUGAUUUCUUUGUUGCCACGUAUAAGAAUUAUCAAGGGGUAAAGUGUCAACUUUCAGCCAAGCAAGGUCAGGGUCCGCAGGCGAUUAGAGCACCAGUACCUCCCAACCAUAGCAUCGGAGCCGAAGCUAGACCACCCUAGAGCACUACUACCCGGUGCGCCAGCCACAACGUAACGCACCGAGGACAUACACCUACCUUAUCUUCCUCACUACGGCACCUCACUUUACCAGAAUCAACCAGCGUAUCAAUACAUUCAUCGUCUUUUUUUUUCUCCCCUAAUUUCUUUGACCGCGCGACAACUCCAGCCCCAAACCCGACCCCGACUCGUCCCUGACGAAAUACAAGUCCAGAAAAACCAACUCAGCAACAACCAAAUCAAAGAUCACAGUCAUGAUCCGCUCAACACAAAUAGCCCGCCUCGACGGCCUGAUGCUCUGCGCCUCGGUUGACGAAGAUGCGAGCGACUCGGCGCUGGCUGAGGUCAAGUCGCAGGUGAAGCUGGUGCUGCGGCGGCUGAACCGCAACAGCGAGACGCAGGCGUCCAUCGAGAGCGGUUCGGCCUACACGCUGCACUACCUGAUUGCCGGCGACGUGGUGUACGUGUGCAUCUCGGACCGGUCGUACCCGCGCAAGUUGGCCUUUACGUACCUGUCGGACCUGGCGACCGAGUUCGCCAACACGUACAGCCAGGCCCAGGUGACGUCGCCGAACCUCCGCCCUUAUGCCUUUGUCGAGUUCGACACCUUUAUCGGCCGCACCCGCGCCACCUACACCGACGCCAGGGCCACCCAGAACCUCGACAAGCUCAACGACGAGCUGAGGGACGUCACAAAGGUCAUGACCAAGAACAUCGAGGACCUUCUGUACCGCGGCGACAGCCUCGAGAGGAUGGGCGAGCUGAGUUCCAGGCUGAGGGACGAUUCAAAAAAGUACAGGCGUGCUGCUGUCAGGAUCAACUGGGAGCUCAUGCUCAAGCAAUACGGGCCAUUUGCCGGCCUGGGCGCCUUUAUCUUGUUCUUUUUAUGGUGGCGUUUCUUUUGAACUGGGGAGGCGAGCGGUUGAUGAAUUUGGACGAAGCAACAGACAGAGGCAAAGAUGAGGACGUCUUCAUGGGGAGACGACAAGAGAGCGCUGGAAUUUGAGCGCCUCUCGCAUUGAGACCGCUCGAUACACAAAGUCGAGGGCAGGCAUCUCCGUACUAUCAGAGUAUAUGGCUUGAAUAAGCUGCGGAAAGUAAACACAGUGUAAUAAGCUGCGCACCAGAAAAGGCGUUAUAGGCGUUCGGGGUUGUAACGGAUUUCGAGGAUCAAAAGUAGUCGCGCGCGCAGUCACAUCAAGAAUAUCUGGAAACAUGACAUUGACUACCUGCUGGUGCUUGUCUCCCCAUAAU